AUGACCGGGCGGACAACGUCCGAGCAUCUGCUUUCUCAGACGAUCGACAAUCCAGCCGUAGACACGGAAGAAGAACGGGAUAUCCAAGACCACGAAUCACAAGAGAAGGACGAGGAACAAGAAGAAGAAGGCUGGUACCAAAUCAGGCGCAUUAUCGGCGAAAAGGAGAGGAAAGGAAAUACCUGGUACCAAGUCGCGUGGGCAAACAAUCCUAAGACAGGAAAGGAAUACGCACCGUCUUGGAGGCCGCGGAUCGACUCCGAGCCGCCGCAAAGCCCGCCCGUUCUAACCGGUCCUUCGACCGAGGACUUUUCCGAGGACAACACCCGGCCGACCAAGGUUCUGAAGCUUGACGCGUCGCUCUCCUUCACUUCUGACGGAGCCUUGACAGAGGAUACUUCGGACAUCCUCAUCAACACCAACACCUCUCGCCCCGAUAUCUCUGUGGAUGUUUACGACAGAGUCGUAUUUGACACCUCCGAGUACAUCAGCGUCUCCAUAUCAUCUCAGGAUACACACUCCCAGUCCAUCUCCGCUCUUGAAGACGAGGACGCCAGGCUUGCUCUUGGUUCUGCCGUCUCCAAAGCCACCAAGAGUCAGAGGACUAUCCCGGACUCGCAGGAAGAUACGAGUCUCGAAGCUUCUCACGGCGAGACGGAGCUUCUCCAGUUUGAUACUGCCCCUUGUUCUAAUUCGGAGAUUCCCUCUCGACAGCCGGAUGGAGAGGACCAACAAGUAGACGUCGACCCCACGAAGCUCUCAAACAGUCUCUCAACCACUGAUACCUGCUCGCGCGUAUUAAACGAGUCGCUCCACGAUACCGGGACCCAACGCAACUUCACGCCGCAGUUCCACACCCAACCUGACUUCCCUGCUGACUGGCCGAUGAUUGAGAGCUCCGCAGACAGUGUUAUUGCUGUAGAAGCCGUGCCCCAAACCUCAUCCCAGCAAGAGUCCUCUUACAAGUCCGUCCAGUCUAAGUCCUCCAUUUAUGCCCGAGCAACCCAAAUCGAUCAUCACGAUUCCACACAACAAUCUGCGCAGGUCGUACCUUCUCCAUUUCCCCUUCCCCAAAGCGAGAUCAGCUACAACGAGAGCUCCGCAGAGAACGUUCCGGACACGGUUCUCCGCAGGCCGAUUGCAGAGGUCACUUCUUCCCCUAUAGUUCCAGAUCACCAAGAACGGUCGCCAACACCUAGUCAUCAAAGCCCUGAGAGCCCCACUCCCAAUAUGGACGAACAAAAGCCCGCUCUUGAAGAGCGAGACGCCAUUGAGGAGUUGAUGGAGGCGGCUAAUGCGCCAUUCCUCACCGACAACUCCGCGGAUGCCGAGUUUGGACAGUCCGACUCCAUGCUUCCCCACGACUCCUCGAUUGAAGACCUCAUCGCCUCACUGGAUGGCUCCCAUGAUAGGGAACCCCAUCAUAGCCUCGCCCCGUCCAUAGCACACCCUCCGCUACCUGUUAUCAGGCAGCUUGAACAGGCUGCAGGAGCGGGUCUGGACGUUCCUGCUUCUGGUGAACCGUUGGCUGGGGCCCAUAUGCCGCCCGAGGUCACCGAUUCAAUGCCUACGACGGUCACGCCAUCCGAGCUUAGUCGCUCCAUAGAGCCGGAAGCUCUACAAGAGCCCGAGCCAGAGGAUAUUGAGGUGGCCCCCGAGCCAGUGUCAGCCCCAACGCCCGAGAUGGGCGAACAGAGCUCCUUGUCUACGCCUGUGGGACCAUCGGACGCGAAUCAGUUCGUCGUGACACUGCCGCUUCCAGCCAAUAUUAGACCUCUCUAUAUUGAGACGAUGUUACAAUAUAAACGAGAGAUGGAGAGGUUCAGCGAGCUAUGGAAUGACGAUGCCCCCAUUGACCAAGACCUUAUCGCCAAGAUCGAUCGGCUCUUCGCCGAACUCCUCGACUUGUGCGAUUAUCCUGCGUCGCUUGGUGACGAAGACCUCCGAAAGCUUUCAGUACCUGAUGUAAAGAAGUACGCCUUUGGCACCAACACCAAGCUAUUUUUCGUGGGCCGGUUUGUCGAGCCGCUGGAUGUUGACAAGCGAGUUCUGAUCGUCGCACGUUCCGAGAAGUUACGUGGCUACCUCGAGGCCAUUGUCAGUCCCCAUAGCAUGAAGGAUGGCGGCGAAGAUCGAUGCGCUCCCUUCGUACAGCUAAUCGCGCCUGAUCAGGAUGUCAAUCCGGGCGAAUUCGAUAUCGUCAUUGGUUUCGAUUCUGGAUACGCAUCGUCCGCCGUUGCCAGGUCGCUUCAAAGUAUUGAACACGACCAGCAGCCUAUGGUCGUGCACCUGGUCAUCGCAUUCUCCAUCGACCACUUCCAAAUGGCAAUUCCGACGGAUAUGGAAGAGCUUGCGCGAAAAAGUGCCUUGUUGGUAUCGCUUUUCCAGAGCAGGUCCUACAUCUCUAGCUACGAGGGCCAGCCGGUCGAUGAUGUCGUGACAGAGUUUGUUAAACAGACCAUCGACCCAGAUCCCAAUUUCGUGUGGGAGCCUGAAGAGCUUCCGAGCAUUCUCCUCGACUACUACGGAAGCACGCAGCGCUCCCAGACUCAGCUAUACGUCGAUGAUUCUGAACCUCGCAAGCGGAAACUGGACGUGCCAGCAGACGAGGUUGCGGCGAAGCGUUUGCGUCGUUUCGGGUCUCCAACGGCAAAGCCUGCCGACAUCGGGGCAAGCAUUCACGAGAAAAUCGCCCCAAAGCCUAGUCAGGUGCGCAUCGUGAUGACAAAGGCGGAGCUGGACACUCUCAACGCCAAGACAUCUGAACUCGAGUCUCGGUUGAAGGAUAAGGAGGACCUUGAAGCAAUCAUGCACAAGCAGAUUUCCAGGAUGUCGAAACAACUGAAAAGUUAUGACUCCACACACAACACCAUCCAACAACAGCAUUUAAGCGCCCUCAGUGAUCGAGCCAGCUUUGAACGUGAACGCAACCAGGCCUUGGAAAAGGAGAAGGCGGCGGUAGCACGACUGGAAACGAGCGAGGCCAAGAUCUUGGAGCUAGAAGCGAAGCUGGCAAAAGCCUCCGAAGCUCUCACGGCAUCUGGUGACACACGGCUUGCUGAUUUGGUGGCAAAAGAGAAGGAGCUCGAGGCUGCGACGGCUAAGAUUCUGGAUCUGGAAAAGAAGGUGAAGAACAGGGAAACUGACCUGGAAUAUAUGCGGGAAGUCCUCCAGAACGAGCGGCAAGCGGCCAACACAAUGUUGAAAGAGAACCGGGAGUUCAGAGAGGAUAAUGCCAAGCUCCAGCAGCAGGUGGCACAGAAUCUCGCCAAGAUCCACCAGAUCAAUGCCAAAGGCGGCUUGGAAGAAUUGCAGCGGCUGGUGACCGACGCGCAGGCUAUCGCCUUGGACCGCGAAAACGAGCUCGAGCGCGUGCGCGAAGAGCUCAGGACGGCCAAGUACGGACGCAGGGAGACACGCGGAGCUAGUGUGCCGCGCAGCCCAAGAAUGGGCGUCAUGAGUCCACGGACCGGUCGCGGCGGCAUGGGUAUCGCCAUCAGCGGAACGGGGGCGACUCCUAGUAGAGGAACUUCACCGGCUCUGGCUGGUCUUGACGGUGGAUCACAGUCUGCAGCACAGAUAUUCAACCAGCCUCCGGGUGGGAGGUUCAGUCAUCUGAAGGGAUUCCCUUGA